AUGCCCGGCGGCGGAAUAGAGGCCAACCUGGAAGGCGCCCAGUCAACCACCUGGACUGGAUAUCUCAACGCCACAUCACAGCCCUUGAACUGGACUCCGAGCAAUGCCGAUGGCAAUGGUAAGCCAUUCGCUGCCCAGAGUAGCAUGACGGCGAUAAGCAGUGCCGGCCCUGAUCCUGCAACAAUCGAUACAUACGGGCACGCUCGAGAUUCCGACCUCAUUUACACAACAAUGGAUGGUGACGAGUCCGCUCAGAACCCCUUGGCCCACCCCACGCCUAACGCAGGGAGCUUCACUAAAGAAACUCUCGCUAGUAGCAAGAUGGAUAUUGAUCAAGUGAGUAUGCCGACCUACCCCAAUUUCAUGGAUUUGUCAGGCGGCGACCUUGAUGUUAUCGACUGGGACCUUCUCAACAAUCAGCUCGACGGUGUCGAUGCGCAGACAAUUGACUGGGACGAGUUUGAAAAAUGCAUGGCCCAGUUUACAAGCCAGGGCCCCAGUAUUACGAAUGGCGAUCUCCAUGCCCCUCAAGGAGCUCCGCAAAGCACUGGCCCUAGCCCCUUGAGCCCUCAGGCUAGUAAUCAGCAACUACUGGUCCCCCAGGCUGACCACGAACAAGCAAACCAGGUACCCACAGAAUACCACCUGCAACCACACUCAGCCCCCGUGCCAGGCGCAACCACAACCGCAACCGCAACUGGGACACCAACGCCAACCCAAAGCGCAAGUGCAGCCCCAGUCCCAGCCGCAACUUCCCCACCUGCAGUCGUGGGAAACGCCCCGCUCGCCGCCACGGAAUGCGACAAAGCACAGCUCACCCAACAGCUCACCGACGCGUGGAAAGAAAUCGAGCGUCUCAGAGCCACAGUCCAGGACCAAGCCGGACGACUGGAGGAGAAUGAACGGCACGGUUCCCAGCUGCAUAAGCAGUACAUUGACAGGCUGGCCGAGUGCAAGAGCGAAUUGCUGGCUAAGGAGGUCGAGGCUGAAGGGGCCAAGUGGCGCUGUCUGGAACAGGAGGCCGAGAUUGUUCGUUACAAGGACAAGUUGGAUUCAUGCCAGGCUGAGCUGUUGUCGUGCAUGAAGAAGAUGCAUGCCCGGAAGACCAAGCCAAUGGACGCGGGCGGCCUUCAGGACCAGUUUGAUGCGUGCAAAAAGGAGUUGAACUCGUGUAAGAAGGAGGCUGAGCUGCUCCGGGUGGAACUGGAGGUUGCGGGGAAUAAGAUUGCGUACAUGGAGAAGCACAUUGCUGAGAUCACUGCGGCGGCUGGUUCUUUCCCGUAA